AUGAACCGACUUACCAACGCUUUCUCUUCAGCCAUCCCCAGCUCAGGCUCCGAUGGUUCUUCUAUGCAUCUUCGAGAACGAACCGGAGACUCUCCUCGGGUCUCUUCUCCUUUAGACCCAUCAUUCAACAUCCCUUCUCAUCCUCAUUUACCAUCUCAUUACGAACGAAGGCACAUCGUCCAAAGUCUCAUAUACGAUGAUCCACGAACCAUCUAUCAUCCCAUUUCCUCUUCACCCAGCGCAAGAGGGAACUUUACAAAUAAUUUGGGCUUGUUGACUGCUGGAAUUAUUCGGCCGGGUAGACCUGGAUUAUUAAGGCAUUUGACGGAUGAUGGAUCAGGUAGAUUGAGUGGAAGUCAGGCGCCGACGCCUAGGGUUCGAAGUCAAAGUAGGAGUAGAGAGCGAGACAGGGGUAUAAGAGUCAAUCUCAUGAGUACAGCGUCACUGAAUGGGAAGAGGGGGUGGGGGAUGAAUAGCGCUACGAAGACUACCAGGUUGAACGCUAUGGCUCAAGGACCGGAGGGGACGUAUGCGAUAGGUGGUGGUCAAUAUCUACGAGUGAUGAAGAUACAUGAUCCAUCAUCAGGUUCGACAACACCUAUAUUCGCAUCUGAUGAAACGAAAGAUCGGCACACGCUGGCAAAGGGAAACGGCGGAGUAACGAUAUCUGAGGUAGUGAAUUUAUGGAAACCUAAUUGGCCUGUUGGGAAAGGAGUGAAUGGUAUGGAUUGGGGCGUGGGAGCCUUCGACACGAAGAUCGCUACUGCUACACCAAGCGGAAAUCUCCUGCUAUUCGACGUAGAGAAAGGCAGAUUAGACAAGGACAUCUCAAGUGGUACUUUCAGACCUAUGAAUUGCGUCCGACUAUGUCCUUCUGCAAGUCACGGUCAUCUAGCUCUGACGGGAGGUACGGAAGGUGGUGUCCGCUUCUGGGAUUUACGAGAAAGAGAUCCUUCGAAUCGGAAAGCCCUUAAACACUCAUCAGCUAUUAUCUCCCUGACUUUCUGUCCGACAGAUGCGUAUCAAUUCGUUGCGGGACUAGAUGAUGGAUCGAUACGGAGAUAUGACUUCAGGUCGCCUUCAAGAAGUACUGGAAAAGCUUUUGGUGCUCAUGGCAGUAAGAGCGUGCUGGAUCUGAAGUGGAAGGAGGGUGAUGAAGAAAGUAGCGAUGGCCAUAAAGGUGGGGGAUGGCUGGCUAGUGCAGGAGCGGACAAGAUAGUUCAGAUAUGGGAUAUGGGUCAACAAUGGGAUAAACCUCCUUCACCUGUACAUUCACUUCAUACCGCUUAUCCAGUACGACGAGUGGCUUGGCGUCCUGAUCACCCCACUGAGCUUGUCGUUGUUCCCCUCAUCCAAGCUGUAACUUCGGCCGACCCUACCUUAUCACCCAAUCCGAGCUCGGUCACACUUUCUUCCGACGGUGAUAGCGCCAGUCACGCAGGGUUAGACGAAGAUGCUCAUCUGGAAAUAUGGCAUGUCAGACGUCACUACAUUGCUAAAUAUGCUAUCCCAACGCAAGAUGGAGGAGCAGUCGAUGUGGCAUGGGCUAACGGCGAUGGCAAUUUGGUGGCAUGUUUCCAGAAUGGCGGUUUCGCUCAGAUGGAACUCAGAGGUCCAUCGGGUAGGGGAAGUCUACCACUUCCUUUGGACCAGGUGCCUAGACAGCUGGUGGGAUGGAGUCCGAGAGGUGAGAUGGUAUAUGCUGUUGACCGGUUCAAACUGGGAGAAAUACCCUUCGAUGACGUCAAAUCGGAAUAUGUGAAUCAUUGGGACAAACUUGGUCGACCUACACCAUCAAUAUCUGACCCAGCUUACGAACCCCUUCAAACUCUUGGUUUCCUACCUUUGCCAGAUACGGACGAAGUUGAGUUUGCGUAUCUAGCAAAUUGGUAUAAACUGGAAGGCGAUACACCUGAGAACCUCUGCCAGUGGAAUGGUAAUGUGGCUUUGUCAUGUGGUCGAGAGGAUGAUGCCAGAUUAUGGGCAUUCUUGAAAACUUUGCUCGAAGAAUUUGAUCCCUCACCGAGAUUACAGGUUGAAGCUGGAUUCAAGGAAGAUGUAUUUAGCGGAACGAUUGAUGGUACCGCUCGAUUAUCAACUCCACCUACAUCAACUCCGACACACGGCUCGCCCAAUCACAACGUCCCUUAUCCAUCACCUACUGCAAUACCUCUCACUCGUUUGGGUGCAUGUUUCCUAGACGAAGAUGAGGAAGCCCUUUCUGAACCUUCUGAAUCAUCGUCUUCUACCAAAGAUUCAUACUCCGAUUCCGAAUCAGAAGAAGAAUCUCAUCAUCCGAAAUCGAGGUUUCUCGCAUUCUCUCCGCCUGAUUCGAUCACACGUAGAUUGAGUGAUGCGUUGAGUGGUGGAAGUACAAGUAGAAGGGAAUCGAACGCUACUGUCAUCAUGCCUAAUAGCAGAUCGGUGUCAGCGUCGGUCUCGAAUGCUAUCUCAGCUAUGAAAAUGACCAAAGGAGGGACGACUGGAACAUCUAGAUCUUCUUCUGGAUCACCUCCAGCUGAGAAGGAGAAAGAGAAUAGUACGAUGAGGACCUCGACAAGUAAGAAAAGUAGUUCAUCCAAGAUGACUUCAAGUAGGAUAAUGGCAAUGUCAGAUUAUCCCGAUCCAUAUGGUAUACAAGGUGAAUUCAAUUUUUCAGGAUCAACUACGACAGCUACUAUCUCACGAACUAGUCCUACACCCAUCAACAACAAUAAUACGAGUAACAAUCUGGAUGGUAUUAUUGGAGGUAAGUCCCUGAGAAGUAGUCCAUUACCUUUUCCAUCUUUACGGAAAGGUGUGGGUACACCUGAAGGUCCGCUCAGUAGGCGGAAUUCAGCUCAACAACAGCAGCAAGUGCAAGUUCAGGGAGUUGGUAUGAUCAAAGUACCUACAGCUACUGCGCUUAGAGGUGAAGUAGAUAGGUUUGAUAAGAAUGAUUGGUUCACGUAUCAGAAAAGAAGAGUCGAUGCGCUACAUGAGUGGUGGGAAGGGUGUAUUGACGAUGGAGAGAUGCAACUUGCUACGCACAUUGCAAUUGUAGGAUCCAAAGUCGGUGAAUUUCCUUCCAGGCAAGUUGAAGGUCUCGUACAUGCCUAUGUCGAUAUGCUCGAACGACUUCGACUGCCUAUACCAGCAUCGUACAUCCGGCUAUACUCCCACAUCCCCUCGCUGCAGAUAGCAGCGAUAAACGAAGGUAUAACUCAUAAAUUACAUUGUGGACGAUGUGGGAAAUCCACAGGUGAAUUGGAUGAUAUAGGCGUAGAAGGGAAGAAAUUCUGGUGGUGUAAGAAAUGUAAAAUGGGUGCUAAAGUUUGUUCGAUCUGUCGAAAGGUUGUCAAAGGUUUGUAUCUAGGUUGUAAGAAAUGCGGUCAUGGUGGACAUGGGAAUUGUAUGAGGGUAUAUCAUAACCAAGCACCGCUGUUACCUCUCCAUCCAAUCACCGAUCACGUAUCAGAUGGUAAUGCAAGUUUGGCUCGUACUUCCACAGGCACGCUAAGUACGACUGAACAUGGUGAGAUCGAACAGGACAUUCCAAUAGGUGGAUGGAGUGUUUGUCCAACGGGAUGUGGAUGUAGGUGCAGAAGGGUAUAA